UGGUUUCAUUUCGUCAAAACCAGGAAAUACUUUAGUUCCUGCAACAGAAGAGACACAUUUUGUAUGCUACUUGCGAUCGACUAUUAACAAGAACAUCAAGAAAAAAAGGGAAUGUUUUGCUUUGCUGUUGUACUGUAAGGUGUCUAAAGGCGUUGAAAUGGCAGAAGCCAGCAUUUCGGUGGCCCAGGAGCAAUUUAUCUGUUCAGUGUGUCUAGAUCUACUGAGGGAUCCAGUAACUAUUCCCUGUGGACACAGCUACUGUAUGGACUGUAUUACAGAAUGCUGGAAUCAGGAAGACCCGAAAGGAGUAUAUAACUGCCCUCAAUGCAGACAAGGCUUCAAACCAAGACCUGCUUUAAAUAAAAGUACCAUUCUGGCUCAAAUGGUGGAGAUACUGAAGAAGACAAAAAUCCAAACUCCUGUCUCUGUUCAUUGUUAUGCUGGACCAGGAGAUGUGGGAUGUGACAUCUGUUCAGGAAACAAAUACAAAGCCAUCAAAUCCUGUCUGGUGUGUCUGACUUCUUACUGUCAAAAUCACCUUGAACAUCACGAGACUAUAUUUAAAGGUAAAUCACACAACUUGAUGAAUGCCACUGGACGACUACAAGAAAUGGUCUGCCGAAAACAUGAUAAACAGUUAGACAUAUACUGUCGUACUGACCAGCAGUGCAUUUGCUAUCUGUGCGCAGUGGAUGACCACAAAACCCAUGACACUUUAACAGCUGCAGCAGAUAGGACAGAGAAACAGAAACAGCUGGGAAGUUUACAGAAGGAGAUCAAGAUGACAAUUCAGCAGAGGGAUAAAGAUGUUCAGGAGCUUAAAAAGACACUGGAGUCUUUUAAGCGCUCUGCACAAGUAACAGUGGAAAACAGUGAGAGGAUCUUUACUGACCUGAUCCGCUCCAUUGAGAGAAACCGCUCUGAGGUAACACAACUGAUCAGAGAUCAGGAAAAGGCUGCAAUGAGUCAAGCUAAAGUUCUCUUGAAGCAACUGGAGACGGAGAUUGUUGAUCUGAGGAGAAGAAACGCUGAACUGGAGCAGCUUUCACACUCAGAUGAUCAUAUCCAUUUCAUCCAGAGUUUCCAGGAUCUUGCAGUUAUUCCUGAAUCUACAGAUGUUUCCAGCAUUACUGCUGGUUAUCUCUUGUCUUUUGAUAUUUUGGGAAAAUCCAUUUCCCUUCUAAGAGGAAAACUUGAGGAUUUUUACAAAGAAGAGAUAGCAAAGAUAACUCGUAAAGUGAAAUGCAUCCAGAUCAUUCCUGCCCCGGAGCCCCAGACAAGGGAUGAAUUCUUACAAUAUUUCCAUCAGCUCACACUGGAUCCAGACACAGCGCAUAAACAACUCUGUCUGUCUGAGGGGAACAGAGCAGUUCAAUGUACCGAGAAAGACCAGAAGUAUCCUGAUCAUCCAGACAGAUUUGAUAAUUGGGUUCAGGUGUUGUGUAGAGAGAGUGUAUACGGUCGCUGUUACUGGGAGUUUGAGUGGACUGGGCAUUUUGGUGUGGGUAUAUCAGUGUCAUAUAAGACCAUGAGUAGGAAGGGAGAUUUAAAGUCUCGGUUUGGAUAUAAUGAGCAGUCUUGGAGACUGCGCUGCUCUUCCUACAGUUAUGUAUUUAGUCACAGUAAUAAACACAUUAAACUCCCUAACCCACCAAGCAGCUGUAGAAUGGGAGUUUAUGUGGAUCACAGUGCAGGAAUUCUGUCCUUCUACAAUGUUUCCGGCACAAUGACCCUCAUACACAGAGUCGAGACCACAUUCACUCAACCUCUCUAUCCUGGGUUUUUAGUUUGUAGUGGAUCAACAGUAAAGUUGUGUGUUUUGUAACAGUUUACAUGAUCGUUUAACAUAACAAAGAAUUAUUAUUUUUAAUUAGUUCAAAGAAUAUACAGUUGAACUUAUAUGCUGCUUAUAUACACUGUAAA